AUGACUGAAUCUCAACCUCACUCCGCUCAGGGUGGCUUUCUCAAGCCGGAAUUUCCAGUACAACUCGUCGGCAAGAAGGUAUUACUGGCCACAGAAUCACUCGGUCCCGUCAAUGGUGUCAGCCGCACUACUGGCAUGCUGGUGGAGUACCUGCGCAACAAUGGAGUGAACGUCGCCACAUGUGCGCCGCUGUACAAAGGGCAGAAUAUCAUAACAACCGAGUCCAAACAACCACGGCAGCCCAUAGUCAACCCAGAGUGGGUGCGAUCUAUUGAAGCCAAGUCCUCAUCGUUGGCCUCCCGGGCGAUUGGUGGUUCAUGGCAAUUCCACUUCGAUCGAGACGAGGCAGCGCAGCAGGCGCAAUCGUUACUGCAACCGUCCUCGGCGCAAGGCAGGAAUCCACAGAUGAUCCGCAGAAGCAAAAGCAAUGAUGGCAAGAAGAAACCUGAAGCCACUGCGGAGACUGGACGACACAACCCGGAGUUCAGACUGCAAGGCUACCCGCUUCCAUACAAUCCAGACCUGACAGUGGCAUACCCAUUCCGACUCGGUGUGAUUUACGACAAGACAUUCAUGCCCGACAUUAUCUAUCUCGCCAGUCCCGCAUCUGUUGGCUUUCAAUUCCUGAUUCAGCUACGACAAAUCGACCACCCGCCACCAACAUUUCUGAACUUCCAGACUGAUCUUUCCGCAUACGCCGAGAUCCUCUUUCCACCACCGCUGGAUGGGUACGGUGUGUACUUGUUGCAAAUGGUCCAGGGCUACCUCUUCCGUGCUCCGUCCGUGCGCACGAUUUUCUACCCGUCUGCAUACGUACGCAAAUACAUGGAGAAGGCUGGCGCACCGUCUCAUAAGAUGAGGCAGCUAGGUAGAGGUGUCGACACUGAGCUGUUCAAUCCCGGGCGACGAGGCGAGGCUUACCGAAAGGAGAUUGCACCAAACGGCGAGAUCAUCUUUGCCUGCAUCUGUCGCAUUGCGCCAGAAAAAGGCUUUGAAUUCCUCGCCCGAGCUGCUAGAAAGCUCAAAGAAAGCGGUCUGGCAUUCAGACUAUUGAUCGUCGGUGGCAACAAGAACCCAGCAGUCAUGCAGGAGGUCAAGGAUUAUUUUACUGGUCUUGAUAAGGAAGUCAUUUUUACGGGUAUGCUUCGUGGUGUCGACCUCGCGCACAAAUACGCAGCCGCCGAUGUCUUCCUGCAUUGCUCGAUUACAGAGACGUUCGGUCUCGUCGUUCUGGAGUCGAUGGCUUCUGGUGUGCCUGUCAUUGCUCGGGAUGAAGGCGGGCCUUCCGAGACAAUCAAGCACGGCAAGUCUGGCUUCCUAGUCCCACCUCACGAUCUUGAGACAUUUGUCAAGCGUUCCCGCGAACUCGCCAUCAAUACUGCGCUUCGACAAGAAAUGAAUGAGAACGCAAGAUUGCAAGCUCUGGACACGACGUGGGAUAAGAUCAACAACCAGGUCGCUCUCGAGCUCGCUGCAGUACUGGAAGAGCAUCCAGCCAAGACUCAUCAAGAGAAGAAGGUGCAUGGCUUCUACGGCACAUGGAUCAAUAUGGCAGACGGCAUGACUAUUAACCCCGACACUGGUGCAGUACAGCCCGCGUCGAUCCCGAUGACAUACGGGCCACCAACCAUCGACAUAAUAUGGCAUAACAUGAACUACGAGAAAGACGUUUGGAGACUCAGCAGAGGACCAACUGGACCUUCGAUCGAUAAAGUGUUCAUCCGAAUCGCGAAACUCGUCCAGGACCGCUGGAUCACGCUUCAUUCGGUCACUGCCACCCAAUAUACAUUUGUCGUGGUGUGCGAGUCCGAAGCGACAGAAGACGAGUUCCAUCGUGUGGCGUGGAAUAGUGGCAUGGAUGGUGUUGUGUUGCACUAG